AAGCAUUUGAACAUAGCCUAACCAUAAUAAAAAUACCAUUGAAUAAGUUUUAAAACUGCUAGGACUCAAUCCAAAAUCACGAUACUCAUAUCCACCACAGAAAUAUCGAUUUCUCUGGAAAGUAAGAAAUUUUUGUCUACAUCUUCACCCCCUUCCACCCUUCUCUGUUUAGAAGAAAGGUAACAGUAAGCAGCGUACUUGUGAUGUGGCAGUUGCUCUGCUAGCAGAAAAUAAACGCCUCCACAAGUGGAUCAAGAUGAAAGUCAUCUUGGUUUUAGUUGUUACAUUUUUGACAGUUGUGCUCUGUUUGGCGAAAGAUGAUACAUCCUCCAAGGAUACAUCAACAGAGCUACUAGUUGUGACUGUGGCAACCAAAGAAAAUGAUGGUUUCCGUAACUUUAUUCGAUCUGUCAACAAGUAUGGAUUAAAUGUCAAAGUUUUUGGACUGGGUACAGAAUGGAAAGGUGGGUCCAUGGAGUCAACAGGAGGUGGGCACAAGAUCAAUCUCUUGAAGGAAGGUUUGAAGCCCUACAGGAACAAAGAGAAUCUGAUUCUAAUGUUUGUAGACAGCUAUGAUGUUGUGUUCACUGAUGGUAAGGAUGAAAUCUUGGAUAAGUUUUCCAAGUUUGAAGCCAGAGUUGUCUUUUCUGCUGAAGAUACUUGUUGGCCUGACAGAUCCCUAGCCGACAAAUACCCCAAAGUGAAGGAUUCUGAAAAAAGAUUUUUGAAUUCUGGAGGCUUCAUUGGGUAUGCUAAAGAGGUUUAUGAGAUACUCAGCAACCAACCCAUCUCUGACCAAGAUGAUGACCAACUGUAUUACACCUUGAUAUAUCUUAACAGAGCUUACAGGCAUGAAUGGAACAUCAAACUGGAUACAAAGGCUGAAAUUUUUCAAAAUUUGAACUUUGCCUUAGGAGAGAUAACUCUGAAGUACAAAGGUAAUCACAGUUAUCUGUACAAUGUAAAGACAGGCACAACUCCCAUUGUUGUACAUGGCAAUGGACCUGUUAAGCCAGAGUUUUAUCGCCUGGCCAACUACUUGGCUGAUGGGUGGACCAGCAACUCUGGUUGUCUGUCCUGUACAGAGGAUCUCUUGGACUUGAGCAACUUAAAAGAAGCUGACUAUCCAACAGUUAUGGUGGGUUUGUUUGUUGAAUAUCCUACACCGUUUGUCAGGGAGUUUUUUGACAGGGUGGCUGCAUUAAAAUAUCCAAAGGACAAAAUGGAUAUUUACAUUCAUUACUCAGUUGAGUAUCAUCAAAAAGAUGUACAGAAAUUUGUAGAUGCAGUUCAAGGUCAAUACAAAAGUAUUAGAGUGAUCUCCCAUUCUGAUAAUGUAGGGGAAGCUGUUGCAAAAAAUUGGGCCAUAACUGACUGUAUCAAGGCCAGCUGCCAGUACCUGAUGAUGAUUGACUCCAUUGUCCAAAUCACCAAGCCAAGUCUACUGGUCGACCUGAUCCAACAAAACAGAUCCAUCGUUGCCCCACUGCUGAUGAGACCAGGAAAAUUAUGGUCCAACUUUUGGGGAGCCUUGAAUCAGCAGGGUUAUUACGCCAGGUCAGAAGAUUACAUGGACAUCAUUGAUUACAAAAAAGUGGGCCUGUGGAAUGUCCCUCAUGUGACCAACCUCAUCCUGAUCCAUGGGCACAAGCUGCCAGCACUUAAAGACGGAUUCAGCUUCUCUCCUGACUAUGAUCCUGACAUUUCCUUCUGCCAGAAAGCCAGACAGCAGGUAAUUUUCAUGUACCUGACCAACCAAGACAGGUGGGGCCACCUGGUGUACGCUGAUGAAUUUGACACCAAACACUUACAUAGUGAACUGUUUGAGAUAUUCAACAACAGAUUGGACUGGGAAUAUCGAUACAUCCACUCCAACUAUUCUAAAUCUUUGGCAACAGAUGCUGUGAUUGAGAUGCCUUGCCCUGAUGUGUACUGGUUCCCCAUUGUCACUGAUACUUUCUGUGAUGAGUUUGUGGCUGAAUUUGAGAACUUUGGACAAUGGUCAGGGGGGAAAAAUGAGGACCCUCGUCUAGCCGGUGGCUAUGAGAAUGUCCCAACUGUUGACAUCCACAUGAACCAGGUGGGUUUGGAAAGACACUGGCUCCACUUCCUGCGAGAGUAUGUCCGUCCUCUCCAAGAGAAAGUAUUCACUGGCUACUUCCAUGAUCCUCCACACGCCAUUAUGAACUUCAUAGUCCGCUACAGACCAGAUGAGCAGCCAUUCUUGAGACCCCACCACGACGCAUCCACCUACACCAUCAACAUUGCUCUCAACAGACCAGGCAUUGACUUUGAGGGCGGAGGCUGCCGCUUUGUGCGCUACAACUGCAGCAUCACCUCACCUAGAAAGGGCUGGAUGUUCAUGCACCCUGGGCGCCUGACCCACUUCCACGAGGGCCUGAGAACAACAAAGGGCACUCGCUACAUUAUGAUUUCAUUUGUUGACCCUUAAAAUCUCCAUCUAAUUUACAGUUUUUUUAAUGUCAGUUAUUUCACAAAUCUCCUUAGCAAUUUUUUGUUUUGUUUUGAGUAAACUAGGAAAUACUGAAUAAUGAUUAGUUUUUACAAAUAUUUGUUUUCUGUUUUGUUCAGGAAUUCAGCAAAUUUUGCCAUAAUGUAGAAAAUUGAAUAAACUGUAGAUUUCAACUCAUAACACCCCUCCCCCCCUCCCCCUUCUGUACAUAACCAGUUAGUGAAAUGUCUUAGAAUCUCUAAACACACACUUGUAUUUUUUUGUAUAGAGUAUAGAAGAUCUGGAGUUCUGUCUAUUACAUCAAAGCUGUAGUUACAUCUCCAGUGAAUGGAGCUGAUGAUUUGAUUGUUUAUCUUAAUGAAGCUUGUUUGUAUGUACGUAUAAGAUGUGUUGAUGGGGGAAUCUUGUAUUCCAUGAGGUCUUAUGCUGGAGUGUUAUCACAUCCUUCCUAUUCUAGUCAUCUGCUGUGCCUUACUUUAAUUGGCAUGAAAUCAUCAAACUCAUGACCAUGUGUAAUCUCACUUUGUUUCACAUAUGUACACAUGUGGUAACCUUUUAUGGAAGUGAAGUAUUUUCUGUUCUUGUCAUUACAAUAUGUGUACACAAUGGACAAGAGCAAUGAACAUUUUAUUUAUGUGUACUGUCAUGUAAAAUAUGUAAACUCUAUUUACUUUUGAUCAGGUUCUACUGUAGGCCCUACUAUGUUACUUUACAUUUUUUUAUCACACUGCCCGUGUUGUCAGCUAAGUACUUUGUUAUAGUAUUGCUGUUCAGUGUGUGGACAAUUCUUCAUAGUAAAUCCUGUCUUUUUGAGCCUGAACUAUACCAGUAUUAUACAAUUCAUGUUUAAUAACCCAUUUUAAAAAAAUGUUUAAUAUUCUUAAAAUAAAUUAUAUUAAUUAGAUGCCAGUUAACUUACAGUUUACACUGUUAUGUUAAAACUAGGUUUAGUUAUCUGUAAUGAAAUAGUUGUAGAAAAAUUGUAACUAUUUUGUAUGUUGUGAGAUCAUUUUAGAAAAAGUUCUAAAGCAUGUUUUUUAAAUCAUGGUUUUUAGUGAACUAUAGCAAUAAUUCUGUUGUUUCAUUGAAGAUGCUACCAAAUAUUACCUUUUUACUUACAUUGUUGGUAACAAAAUCCUUUGUCUUGUCAUUAAUGUCACAUCUGACAGCUGUUAUCUGUCUCUUUCUGUACAUUUUUUAUGCUACACAAAAUAACUGUUUACAUUUAUUGUUAAAAUUGGUUUAGCUUUACAAAUGAAAAUUUGCCUUGAGCAUUAAUUUUAAUCAAAAUAUCCAAGAUUUUAAAAAUGUAAUCCAGUUAAAAUAAUUCUUUUCAUAUCAUUGCAUUUUAAAUUUAAUGAAUUUUUAUAGUUUAUGCUAUAAACCACCGUUUUACAAAACAUUUUUUGCUUUGUAAACUAAUUUUAGUGAAUUUUAUUUUUUAACAUUCAUACAUAUUUUAAAAAAACAAAUAUUUAAAUUGUCAUGUGACUUAAAUGUUUGUAGUGUGAUACAAAAUGUUUUAUACAAUAAACAAUGGUGCUAUCUAU